AUGUAUCAAUGUGUGAAAAAAUCAAAUUAUUAUUUGUGGAAUACAGAUUUUGAAAAGGCAAAACAAUUUUGUGUACCUCAUCAACACAUUCCAAGAAUUGCUCUCACUUAUGCUUGUAUUAAUGGUUUCUUGGCUGGUAUUUCUGGAGAAUCCUCAGCUCGUGAAGUUGCCUUUUCAGAUCUCGAACAAGCAGAACAUUCUCUCAAAAAUUGUUAUUACAAGGAAGAUAUUUUGAAACUCAUCCAACAAGUGAAGGAUCUCAAUAAGGAAUGUAUAUCUUCUUCUUCCAACAACAAGACAAGUGUCAAUUCUGAAUCAUUGAUUGCUACGGAAGAUGAUUUUGAUAUCAUUGCCAAUAAGAAUCAUUCCAAUUAUUUAGAAUUGGAAGAAAUGACUCCCGAUCAACAAUAUUUCAAUUAUGAAUUGGAUUUGAAAUUGUGUGACGCUGAGAAUCACUUGUUGAGAGGUCUUUUGCAAUUUAUGGGAGGAUCGUAUUUGAGAGGUUUUUACAAUUUUAGAAAAUCUUAUUUGAAAUAUAAGGAAGUUUAUCAUCAAGUGGAAGACUUGAAGAAUGAAUCGAAACAAUCGAACAAAUUUGUUCAUAGUGAUGUCAUGUUUGGUUCUUACUUUGGAAUGGGAAUGUUCAAUUUCAUUAUAAGUGUCCUUCCACCUACCCUUGCUAAAAUUUUGAGCGUUUUAGGUUUUGACGCUGAUCGUGAGCUCGGACUCGAUCUCAUGACACAAUGUUCUCAAUACGGAGGUCUCCAUUGUGGUCACGCCUCAUUCAUGUUAUGCAUUAAUUACUUGUUUGUUCCAAGAGCAUUCAAUGGUCGUCAACAAAAUCUCACCAAAGUGAAACCCAUUCUCGACAUGAUUGCUCGAGCUUAUCCCAAUAGUGUUUAUUUCAAAUUUGUCAUUUCACAUUAUGAUUUGAAGACUGGAAAUUUGGAAGGAUGUUUGAACAAUAUUCGACAUUGUGUGAAUGGAAUUCGAGAUGGAACAUCCUAUACUCCAUACAAUUACUUGACAGAAUUGGGAAUUGGAUUAAUGUUGAGCUUGAAAUUGGAUGAAGCUGAACAAAUGUUGACAGAAAUUGUUGAAAAACAAGAUCACAUGUUUGACAGUAAGGGAAAUUGUGCCUUGUUCUUGGUGGUGUGUCGAAUUUUCAAGGGAGAUUUGAAGAGGGCCAAUGAAUUGAUUUCAAAAUUAUCUAAUCAUGUCUCCAAGAGUAGCAAACUCCUCACAGAAAAGAUUGAACUCUUAAAACAUGUGAAAAGUGACGCUGAAAAACAACUGGUCAUGGUCUCCUCCUUCUUCCAAUUAUUGUAUUUGAGAAGAGAUUUGGCUAAUUUGAAACCUCAUCAUAUUGAACCUUUAUUUGAGUUAUUUAACAAACAUACUCAAGGUAUUGCCAUGGAUGAAAAAUCCAAAGUUCAUGGUGAUCUCUGUGCUGGAAUGGCUGUGAUUCGAGCUCAAGUCUACAAUGUUUUAGGUCAACAUGAUAAGAGUUUACAAGAAUUUCACAAUGCUCUCUCGUAUGAACACAAAAUCAAAUACGAGAAACAAUGGAUUGCCUUCUCAUAUUAUGAAUUGGCUGAAAAUAAGUAUUUGAAUGAGUACAAGGAACGAACUGCAGGUCAAGAUGUUGCUGCUUCAUUGAGUGAAAGCAACAAGAAGGAAUUAGUCGAUUUGUUACAUGAGGUGAAGGAACACCUUGUCAAGUGCAACAAGUACAGUGGAUAUCCAUUUGAGGAAGUGUUGCACACUCGAGCCAAGUUGGCUUUGAAACAAGUGGAAGAAGAUCUUAAGGCUGUGUCAUCCUCUCAUUAA